UCGGUAGGCUCGCUCUCGAGAUUUCGUUCUCGUCGUCGUCGUGUAAAAGUUCGUUAAAGUUCCAAAACAAGUUUUUGUUUGUGAUGUUAUAACAAACAUUUUUCCGUGUAAAUGUUUUCACGUAAAAAACACCCCACCGAAAUGUAUUUUUUAAUAGUUAGUGCAAUUCUAGUGAGUGUUGGUGCGAGAAGUUUAACCAGUUUUGAAUUGGCACCAAAGGGUUGUGAAUGGCAAAUGCAAUCUACUGGCGACCAAGACACUGCUGAAGAACCAGUACUGAAUUGCCAAAUAAGGACCAUAAAUAAUGCUGAACAAGUUAUUGGAAAUUUGAGUCAAACUCAAAGCGAUCGAGUUACUGUUUUAAUGCUUGAAUGCAAUGAUGCUCUAUUUUUUGAAAGUAGCUUGGAAACUGCAAAGCAUGGCACAUUUUUGGCAAGUUUACGUAAACUUAAAGAUUUAAAAAUUGAAAAUUGCAAAAUCCGCCACAUUCCUGCCUCAGCCAUCAGCAAUCUAAGACACCUCAAAAAACUAUCCCUCCGCUCUCACAAUUCUGAAUGGUCUGCAAUGACUUUAGAGCUCCACGCAGAUAGUUUUAGAGGUUUGAGCGAGCUAAAAUCCUUAGAUCUUGCCGACAAUAAUAUCUGGAAUACCCCUCAAGACUUGUUUUGCCCCUUGUAUAGUUUAACGCAUUUGAACCUAACUUGCAACAAACUACAAGACAUUCAAGCCUUGGGCUUUUCAGAUUGGGGCAAAGGACCUUUACAACCUGGCAGAGCUUGUGUAAACGGACUUGAAAAUUUAGAUUUGAGCAAUAACGAAAUAAUUGCAUUGCCAGAUAAUGGAUUCAGUGCUUUGAGAAGUCUCGAAGAAUUACAUUUACAAGAUAAUGCUAUUAGCACUUUGGGCGACAGAUCAUUUGUUGGACUAACUGCUAUGAAAACAUUAAAUUUGUCCAGUAAUUGUUUAGUAGCAAUGCCUCCAGAAUUAUUCCAGUCUUCCAGAGACCUGACUCACUUAUAUUUGCAGAAUAAUUCAUUAAGCGUUUUAGCUCCAGGAUUACUUGAAGGUUUGGAUCAAUUAAGAUGGCUCGAUUUAUCACAUAACGAAUUAACUAGUCAUUGGGUAAACAGAGACACAUUUUCUGGCCUUGUAAGACUUGUUGUCUUGAAUUUAGGGCACAAUCAAUUAAACCGAAUAGACAGUGCCUUAUUUCACGACCUAUACACUCUACAGAUAUUAAAUUUAGAGCACAACCACAUAAAUGUCAUUGCAGAAGGAGCUUUCAGUGAAUUGAAAAAUCUCCACGCACUCACCUUGAGCAAUAACAAAAUCGCCCGCAUUGAAUCCUACCAUUUCACAGGAAUGUACGCAUUGAAUCAAUUACUUUUGGACCAAAACGAAAUUGACUACAUUCAUCCCAAAUCUUUCGAAAACGUGACAAAUUUGCAAGACUUGGGACUGAACGGAAAUAUGCUCGGAGGUAUACCUGCAGGUAUAGGGCAAUUACGCUUUUUAAAAACCCUUGAUUUGGGUAAGAACCAUAUCGAAACCGUUACGAAUGGUUCCUUUGAAGGUUUGGACCUUUUAUAUGGACUUAGGCUGGUAGACAACCAUAUUGUGAAUGUUUCCAGGGAUGCUUUUUCAACUUUGCCGUCUUUACAAGUGCUCAAUUUGGCGUCUAAUAAAAUUAAAUAUGUGGAACAAAGUGCAUUCGCAAGUAAUCCUACAUUGAAAGCCAUAAGAUUAGAUGCCAAUGAACUAACUGAUAUUAGUGGAGUCUUCACAAAUCUUCAAAGCUUAGUUUGGCUCAAUGUUUCAUCCAACAAACUACUCUGGUUCGAUUUCAGUCAUUUACCAGUAAGUCUCGAAUGGCUCGAUAUGCAUGACAACGAAAUUCCUGAAUUAGGCAACUAUUAUGACGUAAGAAACAAUUUAAAAAUUAAAAUGCUCGAUGUCAGUUUUAAUUUAAUAUCUCAAAUCCAAGAAAAUUCUGUGCCAGAUAGUGUUGAAACUUUAUAUUUACAAAACAACAAAAUCACAUCUGUUGCUUCAAAUACUUUCACACACAAAAAGAAUUUGGAAAAAGUUGUUUUGUAUGGCAACAAAAUUCGCUACUUGGAUUUAUCUGCUUUAAAUUUAAGUCCUGUGAGUGACGAUAAAGAUUUGCCGCAAUUUUAUAUUGGAGGAAAUCCAUUUUAUUGUGACUGUAAAAUGGAAUGGCUUCUAAGAAUAAAUCACUUGAGUAAUUUAAGACAAUAUCCUCAAGUUUUGGAUUUAGAUGAUAUCACUUGUGAGCUGGCCCAUGCCAGAGGCUCGCCUCCACAACCUCUGUUAAAACUUAAACCAUCAAACUUUUUAUGUCCAUAUCAAACCCAUUGUUUUGCAGUAUGUCAUUGUUGUGACUAUGAAGCUUGUGAUUGCAAAAUGACCUGUCCCGAUAGAUGUACUUGUUAUCAUGAUCAUACAUGGUCUUCAAAUGUGGUUGAUUGCAGCAAUGCCGGUUAUACAGACGUUCCUGACAGAAUCCCAAUGGACGCCACUGAGAUUUAUUUGGACGGUAAUGACUUAAAGGACUUGGGCAGUCAUGUUUUUCUUGGCAAGAAAAAAUUGGAAGUGUUAUUUUUAAACAAUAGCAACGUUAAAACAGUGCAUAAUAGGACAUUUAUCGGCGUGAAAUCUCUAAAAGUGUUACAUCUCGAGGACAAUAAACUAGCAGAAAUUCGCGGUUUCGAAUUCGACCAAUUAGAAAACAUUAAUGAACUAUAUUUAGAUCAUAAUAAUAUCGGUUUCGUCGGUAAUCAGACUUUUAAUAAUAUGCAUAAUCUCGAAGUGCUAAAGUUAGACGACAACAAAAUAGUAAAUUUACCACCCUGGCAGUUUCAGGCUGAAGCUAGAGCCUCGGCUCCGCGCGUAUCUUUGGACGGCAACAAGUGGUCCUGCGAUUGUGCGUCUUUGAGCCGGCUUAAUUCUUGGAUUAGAUCGUCUGGGGGCGACCCUUCGAAAAUGCUUUGUACAGACUCUGACGAAACGGUGGCCGAUUCGUUGAAUAAGUGCGAGGACUUACACAAUGCUAUAGCAACGUCCGUAGUGCAACGCGAAUUGAUUCGAGAAAAUCAUCUUUUGGGUAGUAGCUAUGUUCCCUUAUUAGCAGCUACCUUAGUGUCGGUUAUUGUUGUCUGCUUACUUGUUGCCAUCAUGUUCGUUUUUCGGCAAGAAGUUCGUCUUUGGGCUCAUUCCAAGUACGGUGUGAGAAUUUUUCAAGAUUUACAUGACAGUACUGAUGAUAGAGACCAUAUGUAUGACUGUUAUAUGGUUUAUAGUCACAAAGAUGAAGAGCUUGCAUCCAGAAUCAUUGCACCUGAACUGGAAGCUUUUGGUCACACUCUAUGCCUGCACUAUAGGGACUUACAUUUGCUCAAUGGUGCCUCAUAUUUGUCUGAUGCUAUGGUCGGAGCAGCAGAUAAUUCCAGAAGAAUUGUUUUGGUGGUUUCUCCAGCUCUUAUUUGCACUGAAUGGUCCAAGCCAGAAUUUAGAGCUGCGCUUCAAGCUGCUCUACGCACAACUUUCAAUCAUAAGCUUGUGUGUAUCUUGAGUGGCGAUCCUCUAGAGCCCAUGGAUCCAGAACUAAGAGCGCUUUUGAGAGCUUGCACGGUUACUAGAUGGGGAGAGCGCAGAUUUUGGGAGAAAUUGCGUUACGCUAUGCCAGAUGUUAUUAACAGUGCCACUACAAGACGUAAAAAGCAACAUCACCUUCCCGAAAUCCGUUGCAAAACUAAUGCCAGGUAUACCAACACUCCUCAUAGUGAUACUUGGUACAAGUAUCAACCAAUGCCAGGAGUUCAUGCCACCACCUUGACUCCCACGCCCACCCAAAGCACUUACGUAUCUGGAGGUGAGUCGAAUAGAAGUACUGAAGAUGAAGGUUCCAGUGCCAGCUCACAGCACUAUGGUUCCGAACAACUUAACCAUAGCUACAUUUCGAUUGAUGGGGCUAGACCACCACAGUACUCCCAGUAUCCGAAUUGUAGAAGCGAGAUACCCCAUCACGUUUAUUCUACAAUUCCAGAUGCUCCACCUCAGUCUAGGACGUAUUUUGUUUGAGUAAAUUUUCAACUUUUGUGAUAAUCUUGAUUCUUUUUUUGCAGCAACCAAUUUGGAAUUAUUGGAUUUUGUUUAAAUUAUUUCAGAUAACCUCUGGUUGAAAUACAAAAAUGUUAUGUCAUUGUAUUACAAUAUUUUGUUUAUAUAUGAAUUUAUGUGCUGUAAAACUAAAGAAUCGUGGAAUCAUUCACAGUAUUUAAUUGUGAAAUAAACUAAUUUUUAAAAAGGCUGUUUUUACUUAUAAUAUUGCUAAAUUUUAUAUUUAAGAAAUAAAAAAAUAAAUAUAAAAUGUGAAUUUACUAAUGUACUUCUAUGUCGCUAAACUGUGUAUUACUAUGUAAUAUUUAUUAUUGUACAUAUUAUAUUAUGUAAAUAUUUAAAUUAUAAAAAUUUAUUUAUAUGAAAAUACAAGAGAGUAUAUUAUGCACUCGUUCC